AUGACUCAUUCUGUUCUAAGCUAUGAAACCCUUGUUCAUGCUAUGGCAGGAGCUACGGGAAGUGUAGUAGGAAUGGCAGUAUUUUAUCCAUUGGAUAUACUACGAUCAAGACUUCAAGUUGAUGAAGCUGAUAAAUUAAGGGGAUCAUCAUUGGAUUUAUUAGUGCAACUAGCAAAUAAUGAAGGAAUUAUGUCAUUGUACCGCGGUUUGGCACCUGUUCUGCAAUCCCUUUCAGUAUCAAAUUUUGUUUAUUUUUAUUCUUUUCAUACAUUACGUAGCUUUACACUAAAAGGUAACUCUGCAAUGCAAGACUUAAUGUUUGGUAUGUUAGCUGGAAGUAUUAAUGUUCUUGUGACAUCUCCUCUUUGGGUUGUUAACACAAGAAUGAAGUUAGAAAAAAAUAAUUACACCAGUCUUGUUGAAGGUCUGGGUGAUGUUUUUAAAAAAGAAGGUUUACAGGGGCUUUGGUCUGGUACAGUACCAUCGUUGCUUUUAGUUUCUAAUCCAGCCAUUCAAUUCAUGGUUUAUGAAGCAUUGAAAAGAAAAUUAAUGUCUGCUGGUUAUUUUGACAACUAUGCAGCAUUUUUGGUUGGUGCUAUAGCAAAAGCUACUGCAACAAUCUUAACUUAUCCACUACAGUUGAUUCAAUCUAGACUCCAUGCUGGCACUAGUGUAAAACCUUUGUUUAGAGAUAUGAAAUCUAAACCAACCACUAUGUUUCGUGGUUUAGAAGCAAAAUUGUUACAGACUGUGAUGACAGCAGCAUUGAUGUUUGUUAUUUAUGAAAAACUUGUACGAUUAGUAUAG